UGCAUUUCUAUACGUGUUCUUCUCUAUUGAGUUGUCAUUUCUUGCGAUCAUUGUUUGGGAAAGAAGAUUAAACAUUUACAAAGUCUCUAAACUUUUUAUAUUUUGUUUUUUAAUUAUUAAUACGAUUUUAAUAAAGAUUAAUAAAAGAGGGCAAAGGAAAGAGGAGACUAUGUCAAAAUAUGACGCGACUUAGCAUCCAUCUCCUUCAUGGGCCACAUUGGAUCUUCCAAAUUCAGCGCGGAUUAUAAUUUCUUAUUACAAUUUAAUUUUCACUUUCAAUUGGCAUCUGGGUUUUUUUUUUUUUUUGCCCUUUCCUCUUUUUGUUUACCUGUUUUAAUAAAAUAAAUUAAUCAGGUUCUUCUUGAUUUCAUUCAAGUCAUGGUGCUUGUAAUUUCGAUGAAGAAUAUUGAGUGAGUGAGGGAUUCCUCAACUGGGUUUUAAUUAAUUUAGUAUUAAUUAAUAAAAAUAAUAAUAAUGGGAAAUGUGAAUGGAAGAGAAGAUGGAAGUAGUAGCCCAUCUGGGGUUGAAGGAGGUGAAAGUAAUAUCAGUGUUCAAGAAGAGGGCAUGGGUGCCCCUGACGGUUCGAUGGGUCAGUCGCCUCCUCAUAGCCCCAGAGCCACCCAUUCCCCUCUCUUGUUCACUCCUCAGGUUCCAGUAGCUCCAUUGCAAAGACCAGAUGAAAUGCACAUUCCAAGUCAUUCAUGGAUGCAAAACAGUUCAUGUUAUGAAGACGUCAGCAAUGAGAUUGGAAUACCAACAAUGAUUACAUGGAGUUAUGAUGGCCAGGAAGUAGCAGUGGAGGGAUCAUGGGAUAACUGGAAGACAAGAAUUCCCUUGCAGAGAUCAGGAAAAGACUUCACUAUUAUGAAAGUGAUGCCAUCAGGUGUUUAUCAGUACAGGUUUCUUGUUGAUGGCCAGUGGAGGUAUGCCCCUGACCUGCCCUGGGCUCAAGAUGAUGUAGGCAAUUCUUACAACAUCUUAGACUUGCAGGAGUAUGUUCCUGAAGUCCUUGAAAGCAUAUCUAGUUUUGAACCCCCUCAGUCUCCUGAGAUGAGCUAUAACAACUUGCAACUCACUGCUGAUGAUUUUGCAAAGGAGCCACCUCUGGUUCCACCGCACAUGCAAAUGACACUGCUCAAUGUGCCAGCAUCCCACAUGGAGAUUCCACCUGCUCUAGCAAGACCUCAGCAUGUGAUCCUUAAUCAUCUUUAUAUGCAAAAGGGUAAGAAUGGUCCAUCUGUGGUGGCACUUGGUUCAACUCAUCGAUUUUUAGCCAAGUAUGUGUCGGUGGUGCUGUAUAAGUCUAUGCAGAGGUAAUAAUAUGCCACUUCUUGCUCUGACUUUGUAGUCUUCAAUCUCAAAAUGUAGUUUAUAUAAAUAUCAGGAGGUAGAUGCUUUGCGAAUGGUGUUGGUAAACUUAGUAAGCAGUCAUCAUAUGGAAACUAAAGUUGUAUUAAUAUUUGAUGACCACUGGUCUGUCAAUUUAUUUGCUUGUUUUUAUUUCAUUAUCUGGCCUUCGUAGCGCUAGAAAUUUUUGAUGAUGUAAAAGACUUUUUUAAUUUGCAAAUUUCUUGCAGCUAAAACAAUUAAAAAGUGGAUAAAACCAUCUAUUUGACAUCCACUGUUGAUUGGAA